AUGGGGAGUCGUUUCUUCAUACGGAACUUUAUACUUUUUGGCCUUUUGGCCAGCGGCAAUAUGCAGAUUCCGGUCGGAGAACUAGACAACAACUUGGACUUGGAAAUGGCCUUCUUGCUAGAGGUGACCCGAUUCCUGGGCACGAUUCUUGGACUACAGUCCGUUACCGUAUACACGGGUUGCAUCGACAUAAACCCUUCCAUCCAGCGCAGCCUUAUGGAUAGAUAUAUACCCGUUAAUACGGUCGGAUCCAAUCUAAAGCGGGUUGAUAACCACAAGCUGGCUAAUGAAAAAAUUAGGAUUGUUAUCUUCACUGGCCUGCAUGAUCCAAUAUUGUCUACGCUCAAUGCCACGAAAGUGCGGUACUCAAAUAAUAUGUAUAUCCUUGUGUAUGCCUCACCAAAUAAAAAUAAGUCCGUUGAACUGGACUUUAUUGAAGAGGUAUUUACACUACUCUGGAAUAUGUCGAUUGAUUACACAUUUCUAUUGGUACAUGGCGAGUUCAAGAUGGAAAUAUGGAACUACUUUUAUUUGGGAAAAAUACACAAGUAUAAAGUGACUAGAUUCAACACGUUUUUGGCCAGUAUUCGAAAAUACAACUUUAAGUUUGUACUCCAAGUUAUCGAUGAUCCUCCAUCAAUUUUUUGGUACAACUCGUCGGAUCAAGCGGAUGUGACUGGCGGCGGCAACAUUAGUGUAUCCGGCCCCAUCGGCCUGUUGAUCAUAAAUUUUAUGCGCCACCUAAAUGUGACCACGGACAUCAUUCCGGUUCCAGGAAAGCAAAACUUCCAGUUUGAGUCCUUUCAGCAGCCGGAUGAUUGGAGAGAGGACAAUGCGACACAUAUUGUAGGCAGUGCCAUCUUGAAAUACAGCCCCGUGGUGAUGCACUCACGGCUCUGUCUGUUGGUCUCGAAUCGCAGGAUGGUUCCUUUCAGCAGAUUCUUAGACAAGCUGGUUAGGCGCGGUGUCUAUAGACUCAUCCUGGUAUCGAGUGUUGGCAUAUUGGUGAUCAAGUACUUCUCCCAUCACCAUCGGUCGUUUACGGAUGCCUUCUUUAGCACCAUACGAUUUUUCUUAGGUAUUCCGCUGCCCAACAAUGUAUUGAAUCGCUUACCCAGGGUGGAUAGGUGGACAGAAGUGUUUAUAAUCCUCCUCGUGAACAUCCUACUGAGCUCGAACAUAUCCAUAACCAGCAGCGCCCUAACAACAGGUUUUUGGGAGCCACCCAUCACAAAUGUCGAAACGAUGAGAGCUAGUGGCCUGCGGAUUAUGACCGAAGAUCCGUCAAUUCCACAGGCCUUCAAGGAAAAUAUUUUGCCCAGCUCGUUGGCGGAUCUGGUGCUUCUUGUGGAUGAAGCUACUUUUUACCAUCACGUCACCACCCUGAACAACAGCUACGUCUAUGUGGUGCAUACGCACAAUUGGGCUGUUUUUCGGCUAUACCAAGAACAACUGGCCAAGGAGCCAUUCCAGAUUGCUGGUAAGGAACUGUGCUCCAAAUGGCGUAUCUUGGGAUUGCCGCUGAAUCCAAAAUCGCCCCUUAGGUUCUUGCUUAAGGAAUAUUCCCGUAGGGUUCUUGAGUCUGGCCUGUGGAGAAAAUGGAUUCAUAUGGGCUUUAAAAAGUUUUGUGAUUUUCAUAACUUGAACAAGCUGCCCGUCGACUCCGUAGAUAGUUGGCAACCGCUGUCCAUUGAGUUUUUCUCAAAUUUCCUAAGGGCCUAUAUUUUAGGAUCAGUACUCGCCACAUUAGCGUUCGUCUUUGAACUGGUCCACAAUAGAUAUCGUCGUAGAAAUGAAUAA